GAUUUAUAUUUGAAGCGAGGAAACAAGCACGAGUGGGAGCGGGGGAGAGUAUGGCCACGUCGGCAUCCGUCUCGGAGCUGCGCGCCUCUCCAUCGUUGCUCUCCUCCUUAUCCGCAGCCAAUCGCCACCACCACCACCGGCGAAGAAUCCACACGGCGGCGACCACUUCUCAGUAUCCUCCGUCCUCCUCCGCCCCUAAACUCGCUCCGCUUCACUCCGCUGCACCCAAGAGCAAGAGCAAGAGCAGCAUCACCAGCCUCCCUCGGCUCCGUUGUCGCGCCUCGAACACCAUCGCCGACGUCGACGAUGCCGCCGCCCAAGUGCAGGCGGGCCAACAUCGCCUCCUCAAGGUCCCGACCUCGAAUAUCAGGAACUUCUGCAUAAUCGCGCACAUUGAUCAUGGGAAAUCCACUUUGGCCGACAAGUUGCUCCAGGUGACGGGCACCGUGGAGAAGCGCGAGAUGAAGGACCAGUUCCUCGACAACAUGGACCUCGAGAGAGAACGAGGCAUCACCAUCAAACUUCAGGCAGCUCGAAUGCGCUACGUGUUUCAGAAUCAGCCGUACUGCUUGAACUUAAUUGAUACUCCCGGCCAUGUUGACUUCUCUUAUGAGGUCUCUCGUUCUCUUGCUGCAUGUGAAGGUGCUCUCCUUGUUGUAGAUGCUUCUCAGGGUGUCGAAGCACAAACUUUGGCCAAUGUAUAUCUGGCCUUGGAAAACAACCUGGAAAUUAUUCCUGUGUUAAAUAAAAUAGACCUUCCAGGAGCAGAACCUGAUCACGUUGUCAAGGAGAUUGAGGAGGUGGUCGGCUUAGAUUGCAGCAAUGCAAUCCUGUGCUCUGCAAAGGAAGGGAUUGGCAUACGGGAUAUCCUCGACUCUAUUGUUCAAAGGAUUCCACCACCUAGCGACACUAUUGAAAGGCCUUUAAGGGCUUUAAUAUUUGACAGCUACUAUGAUCCAUAUCGAGGUGUUAUUGUUUAUUUUCGAGUCAUUGAUGGGACCCUUAGGAAAGGUGACAGAAUUUAUUUUAUGGCAAGUGAGAAGGAUUAUUUUGCUGAUGAAGUUGGGGUUUUAUCUCCAAAUCAAUUACAAGUUGAAGAGCUAUUUGCUGGGGAGGUUGGGUACCUCUCAGCUUCUAUAAGGUCUGUAGCAGAUGCCAGGGUAGGUGACACUAUAACUCACUAUGGCAGAAGGGCACAGGACUCAUUGCCUGGAUACGAGGAAGCUACGCCAAUGGUGUUUUGUGGCUUGUUUCCUGUCGAAGCUGACCAGUUUCCUGAGUUACGUGAUGCCUUGGAGAAACUGCAACUUAAUGAUGCUGCAUUGAAGUUUGAGCCUGAGACAUCAAGUGCCAUGGGCUUUGGCUUUAGAUGUGGUUUCCUGGGUCUCCUCCAUAUGGAAAUUGUCCAGGAAAGACUUGAGAGGGAGUACAACCUGAGCCUAAUUACAACUGCUCCUAGUGUCGUUUAUAGGGUGAACUGUGUAAAUGGUGAUAUUAUUGAAUGCUCAAAUCCAUCUCUACUCCCCGAACCUGGACAAAGGAGCUCAAUUGAGGAGCCAGUUGUUAAGAUAGAGAUGCUCACACCAAAAGAUUAUAUUGGUCCACUUAUGGAGCUUUCUCAAGACAGAAGAGGGGAGUUUAAAGAAAUGAAAUUUAUUACGGAGAAUAGAGCAUCCCUCACCUAUGAAUUACCUUUAGCAGAGAUGGUAGGUGACUUUUUCGAUCAGUUAAAGUCCAGAAGCAAAGGUUAUGCUAGCAUGGAGUACACUUUUCUUGGGUACAAAGAGAGUGAUUUGAUAAAGCUCGACAUCAGGAUCAAUGGUGAUCAAGUGGAACCACUAGCAACUAUUGUUCACAAAGAUAAGGCAUAUGCUAUUGGAAGAGCUCUGACACAAAAAUUAAAGGAGCUUAUACCAAGACAAAUGUUCAAAGUCCCCAUCCAAGCAUGCAUAGGCUCAAAAGUGAUUGCUAGUGAAUCCUUAUCAGCAAUCCGGAAGGAUGUUUUAGCCAAAUGCUAUGGUGGUGACAUCUCAAGGAAAAAGAAGUUGCUGAAGAAACAGACUAUCGGCCGUUUUAGACAAAUGAGGAUGAGGCAGAGAUCAAAGAAACAACUGGAAGCAAUGGUUAUCUCACUUGAGUAUGUAUGCUUAGACAGAUAUAUGUGUGUUGAUAUCCAGGUGGAAUCCUUGUUUAUCCUCGGGCAUGAGUCAUUAAGAUUCAUCAGACCAUUAGGAAAACAUGAGGAUGAGGCAGAGAUCGAAGAAAUUUCGAAAGCAGUAGUUAUCUCACUGGAGUAUAUAUGCUUGAAAAGAUAUAAAGGAGUUGAUAGUCAAGCAGAACCUUGUUUAAUGUUGGGCACGAGACGUUAAGAUACUAAUCCUUUUAUUUUUUUGGGCGGCUUUUGAAUAUAAAGGUUAUUUAAAAAGAGUGCGUACCACCCAUACACAAUCAUCUCAUUUCCAAUAAAGGUGAAGGUAUCCAAGGAAUUGCUUUUAACUUUGAUGGAUUAGAUCCAUCCUUUGUUGUUUUCUGAUAUAUGCAAGUGGAUUAGUCAUAUACUAGUACAAUUUUAAUAUGGCAACAUAGAAUUUUCCCUACUUGUCAUGAUGAAGUCUCAAAAAAGCUAAAGGGGGAGGACAGGAUGUAAGAUGGUUUAUUUCUCUGCCUUCUUGUAUCAAUGGAUAAAUAUGCUACAAAUUGCAUAGGUCAGAAAUUGUUCGAAUUGGUCUUUUAAGCAUCCCAGCCAUUUUCUA